AUGGCUCCAUCCUCCAAAACUGUCAAGCCAAAGUCGGCGGCGACAGUGAGAAGUCGUACCGGAUGCCAAACAUGUCGUCAAAGAAAGCUCAAGUGCGACGAGCAACGACCGAUCUGCGGACAAUGCCAAAAGUCGCACCGUGAGUGUGUACGGUCUGAACCCAUUACAUUCCGUCACCAUCAGAAUUCGAGUUUUGGCAAAGAUGGGCAAGAUCACAACCUCGACAGUUUCUUCAAGUACAGCCAGACAUACAGCGAGGAAGAUAAGAAGGCAUUCUUACCAGUGCCAGAAGACCUGACUUGGGUCUAUGUCUCCGACCCGAAUGCUGAAGACCCCAAUGCCGCCUCACCACCCACUCAUGCCCAAACCACCUCAGAUACCUACCAACAAGUCGCUGCGCAUACUUUAGAAGCCCUAUCCACGGCUGCGGCUGACCACACGACAUCAUAUCCCCCACAAGGCACCGCGUACUACACCGCAGCAAACCCUCAGAGCGAGUCACAUCCCGAGUAUGGAUUUAUGCAGGGCGGUCCUCCUGGUGCUGCGAACGGCGAUACCCCGGGCAAUAUCGGCUAUUUCCUUGGUAACUCUGCUUCGCGGAACCAGACAGACACGUCCUUGAUCGAUCCGAACCUGGAAUCCACUGUGAACAGUGCGGCCGAGCGGACCGACGAGGAGCCAGAUAGACGGGACGGCAAGUCGCAUGUUGCUGGAGAGGCACAGAAAGAUCACGAAGAGAAUCUGGCUGAGGAGUCACGGCUUGCAAUCACGCUGAAGAACUUCAAUGAACUGCUGGCGUGA